UCCUCUAAAUUUCUUUUCAGUAACAUUUUCAGUUAUUUGUAAGCGCGGAAUAGUUGUUGAGGGGACGUACGCAGUUACACUGUCUGUAAGGAGUAUAGAGAUAAAAUCCUAAAGUUAACGCUCAUCAACUAACUUAUAUAGGACCGAAUUAAUUUGGACACGUUUUUGAAGUGGUGACUACAUCUCUGCUGGACCGUGAAGCGAUACCUGUCAUUCUGAAGACAUGGGAGAAAUCUGGAGAAUUGAAAUGCCCGGUAGUUCUGAAGGGGAAGAAAAGGUUAAUUGGAUUUGAACAAAGACUGUUCAACUGUUUAACAACAAGCGUUUUGUUCAAAGACCAUGAUGCCAAACCCAGGCCUGGCUCCUCCCUCCACCUCAGUCCUGCUUCUCUCGCUCCUCCUCCACCUCUCCCUGUCAUCCCGAGCCCCCCAUCACCCACAACCCGUCCAUCUCCCCUCGCUGGUGCCUCAUGCACCCCUGCCCCUCUCCCGCUCUCACUUUAGUGCUCAAACUCAGCUGGACCUCACCACCCACUGCAAUUCCAGCUGCUACCACAGGGGGGAGCAGGAGAGCGGUCGCGACCACCUGACCGAGCAGCUGGCCUUCGAGACGCUCUACGCGGACGGCUCUCGUACCCUCACCACUGUGGACGUGGAGGACGAGGAUGACUUUGAGGGCGUGGUCGGCCCUGCCGCUCGUCCUCCGCCAUUGAGAGGACCUCGAAUUGCCAGUCGGCACAAGCGCCGGAAACGGCAGAUCUACGGGGCUGACGGGCGUUUCAACAUCCGCGGUGACCACUUCCUGCUCGACUAUCCGUUCUCCACUGCCGUGCGGAUCUCCACCGGCUGCACCGGCGUCUUGGUGUCCCAGCGCCACGUGCUGACCGCCGCCCACUGUGUUCACGACGGGAAGGACUACGUCAAGGGAGCCCGGAAGCUGAGGGUGGGGUUCCUGACUCCGCCGUACAUCAACGGCACCAAGCCCGACCAGGCCCUCGCCAAAAAGCCCCUGGUGCGCUGGGUUCGGGUCAAACGCACCCGUGUUCCCAAGGGCUGGAUCCAGGGUCCACAAGAGGUCAGCAUGGACUUCGACUACGCCCUUCUGGAGCUUCGCUGGCCUCACCGUCGGCCCUUCAUGCGCCUGUCGGUAGCUCCGUCCGCCGAUGACCUGGCAGGGAAGCGCAUCCACUUCUCCGGGUUCGACAGCGAUAGGUCCGGGGAGCUGGUCUACCGCUUCUGUCCCGUGGAGGACGAGUCUAACGAUCUGAUCUAUCAGCAUUGCGACGCCAGACCCGGGGCUAGCGGCUCGGGGGUGUAUGGCCGCGUGUGGGACACGGCUCUGGAGCGCUGGGAGAGGAAAGUGAUCGGCGUCUUCUCCGGGCAUCAGUGGCUGGAGAUCAAUGGGGAGAACCGUGACUACAAUGUGGCCGUGAGAUUCACCCCGCUGAAGUUUGCCCAGAUCUGCUAUUGGGUUCAUGGGACUCGGGUAGACUGUAGCCAGGAGUAAGACAAGAUGGAGGCUAAGAAAGCCUGUGACAAGGGUUGCAAAACUCCAUGAACUGUCAAUGGAUUUCCUCUAAAUCAUUAACUGAAACGUUCCUGAAUGCUUCUGGCAAACCUACCAAUGACUGAAAACUAAAGUAAGCACAUUCUCUUAAAGCUGCACUAGGUAGUAUUUCAGUAAAAAAAAAAAACUUUUGUCCCCUAUAAACAUGUUGUGUAAGCUAAUGAGGCCCUCUAAGAGUUGUUUAGCAACACAGACAGCUCAGUGCCAGUGGAAGGUCAAUUUUGGAGUGUUACCCUACUUUCCAGCCAAUCCUGUUCCAGUCAGUCCCCUUCUACGAGGCGGGCUGUCCUCCUUGGCUUAUUUUGAGAAUGCGCAUUUUAACUGGAUGAUAUACAGUGGGGCAAAAAGGUAUUUAGUCAGCCACCAAUUGUGCAAGUUCUCCCACUUAAAAAGAUGA